AUGGUCUUAGAAAAUCUCUCUGUGCCAUCGCUUUAUAUAGUUAAAAGCAUCAUUAUUUUGGACAAUGAUGGCAAUCGAGUGUUUGCGAAAUAUUACAAUCAAUCAAUCUCUACCAUAAAAGAACAGAAAGAAUUCGAAAAAUCGUUAUUUAAUAAAACUCAUAAAGGGGCAGGAGACGUUAUUCUUCUUGAUAAUUGGACCGUUGUCUAUCGCAAUAAUGUUGAUUUGAUCUUCUAUGUUAUGGGUAGUAUCAAUGAGAAUGAAUUAAUGUUAAAUGCUGUUCUGACAUGUUUAUUUGAAGCAUUGAAUGCAAUGCUAAGAAAGAAUGUGGAGAAGAGAUUCUUAUAUGAAAAUCUUGAUUUAGUUAUACUCACUGUCGAUGAAAUAUGUGAUGAUGGAAUUAUUCUCGAAUCGGAUCCAAUUAUGGUAAUGCAACGUGUUCAAAUACGUCAAGAUGAUGUUCCAUUAGGAGAACAGACAGUUUCUCAAAUUUUCUAUCAGGGAUUGAAUAUUUUACUCAAUAAUGAUCGAUAG